GGAAACGUGGUUAGCGAACUUCAGAGCAGGAGCUUUUUCCAACCGCAGCCAGCUUGUUCCUGUCGUCGAGUCGUAUCAAAACUUUGUGCGUUAUGGUGGACUUGGGAUCGAUUUCGAUUAAAUAGAUUGUCUAAGUGACUUCAGUGUUGACGAUUGAUGAAUCGGAUCAUGGGGACCGCAAGCUCUUCGUUGGAAAAUUCAAAUUCUUGUUGUUGAAAAAUUCAUAUCCACUUGACCAUGUGGUAAACAAGGGCACAUGACAUGACAUGACAUGGCGCAGGAACUUGCCGACUUAUCCUUAUAUCUUCAACUUGACAGACAAUGAUCAUGUUGAAGAUAAGGAGGCCACCUAGUUCUACUGGAAAGAUUCUAACCUGUCAACAGAGAAAUAGAUCGUGUUCUGAUAGUCAUUAUCUCCUUAUAGGACCCACUCUUUCAUUUCUCCCAACUUCCUGCGCUUCGCGACAAGCUUCGUGCUGGCCGUUCCGGCUUACCCUCUAUGCCAGAACAGUUGUUCCGUCCACGGACUGAAGCGUUACAUUUUGCAGCGGGUAUCGCUGGCGCGAAGAGCAUGCUGGCAAGUCAGCAACGAAGAGCCGCGAAGAGAGCAGC